AUGUCUAGUUACGACACGCAACUCCAUGACUUUGGGUCUCUUUUUUCUCUAAAGGGGAAGAUCGCGGUGGUUACUGGGGGAUCGAGAGGAUUGGGAUUACAUGCUGCUUCUGCUUUCCUGCAAGCCGGCUGCUCCCUCGUCUACAUCACAUCCCGUAAAGCUUCCGCCUGCGAAGCCGCUGUCUCAACUCUCAAUUCCCUUCCCAAUCUCUCUCCGGGUGCAAAAGCCAUUUCCGUUCCCGCAGACAUAUCAACUAUUGAAGGUAUCCAGCAUCUGGUAUCCGAAGUAUCCAAAACCACAGAUCAUAUCGAUAUCCUAUUCGCAAAUGCGGGAGCCACGUGGGGAGAAAAAUUCGAUACUCAUCCCGAUGAUGCGUUUGCGAAAGUGAUGAAUUUGAACGUCAAGAGUGUUUUUGGAACGGUGAGACUAUUCACACCUCUCCUUCAAGCGCGCGCAAAUGCCUCAGAGCCCUCCCGUGUAAUAGUAACCGCUUCCGUCGCCGGUCUCAUCGCCCCUCCCCCGGGACCUAGCUCCGCAAUCGGCUAUUCUGCAUCCAAAGCCGCGGCCAUUCAUCUCACCAAAAACCUCGCCGUCGAACUCGGUCCCCGUCAUAUUCUUUGCAAUUCCAUUUCUCCAGGAUUCUUUCCGUCGAAAAUGGCUAAUGCGCUUAUGGAAUCAAAAGGAGGAGUUGCGAAGCUGGCCAAAUCGGUGCCGGAUGGAAGAUUAGGGAAACCGGAGGAUAUUGCUGGCGCGGUGGUUUUCUUGGCUAGUAGGGCAGGGAGUCAUAUUAAUGGAGCUAACUUGGUGAUUGAUGGAGGGGAAAUGUUAAGUAGAGGUGGUGCAAUUGGUGAGGAUGUGGAGAAAGCGAAACUUUAG